AUUUUGACAUCGUCAUUUUCACAUUGAGUGAAGGCACCGUAUGAGUUCUUGCCUUAAAUCUAAAUAAAUAAAAAAACAUUUUGUAAAUAAGAAAAAUGAUAGUAUAAAAAUGUCGAAUAUUAUGCCUCCUCCUUAUAUAUUGCAGGAACUUCCAAAUGUUACAGAAUGCAUUAAUUACCCAAUCAAAAAUGUACAACGUAUAAAGUACACGUGCUUUGAUGUUUCAAAAUCGCUGUUAGCAUUUGGAGCUACGAGUGGUGGUAUUUACAUAUUCAACAAGAAUCCGUGUGAAUUUGUGCAACUGAUUCCAAAUAAGGAUGGCGCUAUCACGCGUCUUUCAAUAUCGGCUGACGAGAAGCACGUUGGCUUCGCGAAUGGGCGCGGUGUUAUCACGGUGUCAGGGUGCGAACAGGGUCCCAACGCCCUGCAUUCGGUAGUCACGUCCAAGGAGCACCAGGGCAACGAGGUCACCGCGCUGGCCUGGAGCGGCAACAUGCUCUUUAGCGGCGAUGACGUAGGCAAGAUAGCGGUCCUGCAGCUGCAGAGUUUCAUCGCAAAAACAAUGUUCCAGAGUUCGUCGCAAACGAUCAUGAAUUUGGAUUCUCGUGUAUGUCAAAUUGACGUAAAAUCGUAUAUGCUAUUGGUAUCGACGUUGACCCGGUGUUAUCUAUGCGACACGACCGAAGAACAAUACAGGCAGAUAGGCCAGAAACUAAGGGACGGCGAAUUCGGUGCUUGUUUCGUUAACAAAGAGAACGCCGUCGAGAUUAACAUUAAGAACAAAGUUAAGGAUUAUUCGGAAGUCAGGAAAUACAGUAUUAUCAACGAGGACAGCAGCUUCGCCGUCGGUAGGGGAUUGGAUAACACAUUGGUCUUCGCCGCCAGACCCUCGUCUCGGCUGUGGGAAGCCGCCGUCGAUGGGACAGUCAAAAGGACGCACCAGUUCAAACAGAUUUUAGGAAGGAGUCCCAUGAAUAUUCUAACAGUAGACGCUUAUGAACACGAAAGACAUAGUUUCGAUGAAAUGGCCACUAUUAACGCUGACGGCCUAUCGGUCAAUUUUCCGAGGAUCUUCAAUCUCAAUGGCGUCAUAUUUUCGUACAAGAAAGACGCUCUUUUCUUUCUCAACUUGGAUAAUGUUGACCACACGAUUUGGUGCGCUCGUUACAAAAGCAUAGCCGACUGUAAGGUCUACGGUGAUGCGAUAUACGUUUGGCUAAAUAACGGAUCGUUAAUCAAUUUGAAGUUCAUGAAAAUAGACAAAUUCCUGAUCAAAUGUUACGUCGAUGACAAGCAUCGUUUGUGUGCGAAUUUGUGUGCUCAAUACAAAGAUUAUUUACUGGCCAACGAGAUGUCAACGAGGCUGCACAUCCUCGCCGGGCUGAAAGAGAAAAUUGACGAUAAAGAACUGCUGGAAACUAUCCAUACUCUGUUAGUGAAGUUCGAAAGAUUGAAAGAGAACGAAGCCAAGAAAGUGAAAUCUGGGAUAUACGUGGUUGACAAUACGUAUAACGCACAAACUUCAUUGAUGAGUGAAAUGGAUAAAACAAUCGACAAUAACGAAGAAUAUAGUUUCGGUAACAUACCACCGGAGGCCAUGCAGACGCUGAAAGACUUCAGUGUGUCGGUCACGGACAGAUUGAAUACGAGUAAAAAGAUUUUAAAAGAGAAAUGGGACGACUUCGAAGGGAAAAUGAAGCACCUCAGUGUCGAGAAACCGCAAGAGAAACUAAUUAUGCCCCCCGCCCAAACUCCCAAAAUAAUAUCAAGAGAUGAACCUUUAGCUCUUGAUCAAACGCCUGUAUUGGAACGCGAUAUAGUCUUCAAACAACCUAGUCAAAAAGCCAUAGAAAUAGAAAAUAAUAUUAGCUCAGACAAAGACGAUAUCUGUAAAUCUCUCUAUCAAUAUUUUAGGUUAAGCCUCGUCGGUAAGGAAGAUGAAAAAUCGAAUUUAAUUUCUAUUAUAGAAAGCUUCGCCUGUGAUAUUAGGUCAGUUUACGAAUUGAUGAGACUGUUGGAGGAUUAUUGCGCGUCCGUCGGCUCGCCGGAGGAAUCUAAAUACGUACCGAACAAUAUAUUCUUGAAGUAUUUAAGCGAGACGACGAAACGGGCCCAGUUCUUGGACUGCAUCAUAAGUGAUGAGGUUCUGUACAAAUACUUUGUCGACUCCUGCAUAUCGGUUAAUCUGAAGGGUCAGAAACAUACGGACUUUGGUUGCGAGUGCGGCUACCCGCUUCCUUACGCCAGGACCAAGCAAAACCCGAUCUUCUUCGAGCUGAUCGACGAAUUCAUCGAGAGACAGUGGUCUAGUCCGACGAAAGAGCAAUGCUACGACACGUGCAAACGGAUGCCGUAUUUAUGGAGGAAAAUUUUAUAUUUGAGACGAAACGAAGAUCUCGUGAAUAUCUUGAGGAUAUUAAUGCAGAUGCUGGAUGAGAGUUUGCUGCACAACUUCCUGCCGCAGUUCACUUUGGACAGCUGGAGUAGAGCGGUCCAGCUGUACGCCACGUUGCACGCGAACGUUUGUCUGAACUGCUCGAAGAAGUUCAGCAACGUUUCCGUCAAGGACACGCUGUGCUGGGACGAUCUGGGGGCGCUGAUGAUCAAAAGCGUCGGCGGAAGGAACUCGCUUAGGAUAAUGGAGGAGCAUUCACGUCUGAUAGAGCCGGGCGAGGUGACCGUCAAGUUCUAUCACACAUGCCUGAUGGUUACCAUGUUCGAGAAGUAUGAUUCGACGGUGACAGCGCAACUAGUCGACGCUCUAUACACCAGCUAUAGAUAUGAAGAUUCUAAACAUGAGAUAUGCAAUCUUCUUCGAAACACAACAGGAGGACAACUGAAGAACACUUCCUUGCCGAUAUCGGUGGCAGCGAAGUCCCGGCACUGGGGCCUGAAGCCGUUAGCUUCGAACGAUAAAAACGAUUUCACCGAUAUUUUAGAUAACAUAGCCGACAUUAACAACGGGGUAUCCGAUUGCGCUCUGUGCGGGCUGCCGUUACGAAAUGACGUUUUGAUCAAAGAUGGCGGACUCUGGGUUUUUAAAUGCGGCCACACUUUCCACGGUGCGUGUUUGGAUUUAAACAAACUGAAACUGUGCCCGCACGCUUGUGCGUGUAAAAGCGUCGAUGUUAAAUGAAAGAUUAAUUAAUAACAUUCAUAGUUUUUUUCGUGUAUCAGAUAAAAUAUCAUUGGCCUUUUGCUUGAAAAAUCUACGUGUAAGCUAGGUUUUUUUUUUGUAUAGUAGCAACACUGUGGCAUUAUCAUAUAUUUUUUUAGGAUGGUAACACUUUAUAAUAAUAUUUAUAAUGAAUCGAUUUAUUUCACACGAAUAAAUGCGAUUAAAACGUUUUUAUUAUUAUUAUUAAAGUAGGUAAUUACCUACGUAGUACGUUAAGUGCGAAUCAAUGUAGAACUUGCCUUAAAUCGAUAUUAUUUAAAUAUAAUAAUUUUAUUGUAAUACAGUAGUGUAUGAAACAGAAUUUUAUAGUGCUAUUUAUUUUGUGAAUAAUAAUAGUAAGUACCUAGAUACGGAUUAGAAUAUCGUAAUUUAAAUUUUCUAGAAAGGUUUUUCAUUUUAAUUUGGUACUUAAGCUGCGAUCAUAAAGCUUAUUUUUCUUAUUUUUAUUUAUUAGAUAUCGUAUGAUUAUAUUCUCCGAAGAGAAAUAACCUAAUGUUUUUCAUAGAUUUUUUUUAUGAGACUGUCGCAUGUUAUUAAACCCUUAUGCUUAGUUAAUAUAAUAUAUUAUGUACAUUGUACAUUUGGCUGGUAGAAAUUACAACUGUACUUCGUAACGGCACUAAUUUGAAACCGUAUAUCCGUCUUAUCAUUAGCAAUGUCAAUAGGGAACUUUCUCUACUUUAUAGUCCACGAAAUGAGAGAAGAAUAUGGAAAUUUGUAAAAAAAAAACAACAAUUUACUGCAAUAGACUAACAAAAGUUCAGUUUUUGCCAUUGCUCUUAUGAAUGAUAGUAAAAAUCAUUGCGUCGACGAACCUCGGCUUGCCCUCUGUGAGGUUAGGAAACUAAAAGGGUCCACACUAAAUGCUGUCGAGUUUGAGACAUGAGGUCACAGUCUCAAUUGUAUUAUGUAAGCCGAGCCGGAGUGCAAGCUCACUCGAUGCAUUAUUUAUACGGAAAUUUUAAGGUUACUUCCUUUUUUCUUUUUUACUGCAUAGAUGGGUGGACGAGCUCACAGCCCACCUGGUGUUAAGUGGUUACUGGAGCCCAUAGACAUCUACAGCGCAAAUGCCCAUAAAGCUCUUUGGUAACCGAAUUUUCUAAAGUAACACAAAUAUUUUUCUGUCAUCAUUAAGCACCUAUUUAAAAUGUUUUCGUAAUAAUUACGUUAAUAAUAUGUUACUGGUUUUUAAUACUAUGUCAUAUCAUAUCUAUAGAAAAAUACUGAUUUGCUAUAUGUAUCUCUGUCUAAUCUUAGUUUAGGGAAAAAUAUACGAGGAAACAAGUAUGCUUGUGUUACCAGAUAGAAAAAAAAUUGGUGAUUUAAUUGUCCAAUUAGGGUAACACUGAUUUUUUAAACUUUUCGAAUAUAAUUUUUGUAUAUAUCUAUCGUUGUAAUGAUGGUUCGAAAAAUAACUCAUGUAUAAAAAUAUAAACAAAUAAUUGUUUUUGUUAUGACUACAUACUAGCACACGAUUUUUCUUUAAAUUUUAUCAGUUUAUUAGUUAUGAAAAACAUAUCUUUUGUUUGUUUUUACUCUUAAUUAGGACGUAUAUUUCUGCCGCGAUGUCACACAUUAUGGUUUUUAAGGACAGCCGUCAUAAAAUACAUUUUUAUUAUUAUAUAUUUGUUAAUCAGCAGUAGGGAAACUCGAUAUUAUACCGAUUUGACCUAUAUAUGAAAGAUUGUGUUCGUGACUUGGCAGUUUUCUGAUCGUCGUAAUAUCGACGUACGUAUUUGAUUUAUUUCGUUUUUAAGACUAAACCAAAAAACUUAUAUAAAUGUACUCAUGUAAAAUAUUAUGUUAUUGCUCAUAAUUCGAGGGGUGAACGACUAAUAAAGGUUUAAGCGCGAUUUUUGCAAAAUUACAGGAGAGCCAAUUAAACUUUAAAAUUUGGAAAAAAUAUCAUAAGAAACAAAAGUUCUCUAGCUAUUUGAAUGGAGUAAACUUAAUUGUAGUUCAAUUAAAAACAUCGCACUGUCGAUGCUAAUCACUGCAUAGCAUAAAACAAAGUCGCUUUCUCUGUCCCUAAAUCUUUUUUUUUUUUUUUUUUUUUUUUUUUUUUUUUUUUUUUUUUUUUUUUUUUAUGAUUGAAGUGUUACUGGUGGCCCGGAGGCCUUUCCAGUUUCACCAGGACAGGUGGGCGAGCAAAGGCUCAGCCAGGAGUGGUGGGAUUUGCUAACAGCUGCCCGAGCGCCUCCGAAGGAGACCUAACAACUCAAGAGUAGCUGCUUCGCGAAUGAAUCUACUACCGGAUCGGAAUCGCGACCCGCUGAGAAGAUCCGGCGAGAAACUCAGCGAGCUGAUUCAUGGGUUAGGUUGCACGGCGAACUCUUUGUCGAGUUCGACGAGUACGGUUACCGAGGUCCCUAAGCCUGCUCCUAGAGCUGAAGGCGUCUAGUGCAAAGGUUAUUGGAUCUGAUGGAUCCGUAAGGACGUGUCUAGGGCGUCGACGGUGACUGGCUCCUGCAUGAUCAGGAUUCGGGGAGUAGUCAGCGGCGGCUACGAUAAGGCGAUUAUCAUGACGCAUAGCCUUAUCGAAGUACCGUUCCGACGCUGACUUCAUGUAUUUCUGUAUAGAUUCGAGGCCCAGGUCGUCGUGUAGGUCAACGUUCCUCACGAACCACGGAGCUCCGACGGCUAACCUGCAAAAGCGGGAUUGUAGAGAUUGAAGGGUGUCUAUGUGUGUGCGGGCCGCGUGAGCGAACACCACACUCGCGUAAGUCAUGACGGGCCUUAUGCAAGUUUUGUAAAGUGUCACCUUGUUCCGAAGGGACAUUUUACUCCGCUUACAGAUCAUGGGGUAGAGUCUACCGAGAAUAAACGCGGCACGGUCACGGACUGAUUUUAUAUGCGGGCGGAAUGUCAUCGAUGCAUCCAGGGUAACGCCCAGGUACUUGACCUUCCUGGCCCAGGGUAUGGAUUGACUAAAGAGAGUAAUCGGGGGUGUGAGAUUCCUCCUCCUAAUACGGGAGGAAAUCCGUGUGGAGCUUCCCCUCUGAAAUAGCACCGCAGUACUUUUCGCUGGGUUGAUGUCUAUGCGCCAUUUUCGGAACCACUGUCCUAGGGCUAGGGCUGCGCUCUGAAGCUUCUUCGCGAUUAGGGACUUGUUUCUACUGGAAUAGUAAACAGUCGUGUCGUCGGCGAAUAAAGCUAAAUGGGUCGGCGGCGACCGGGGAAUAUCGUUAACGAAUAAGCUAAAUAGGAGGGGUGAAAGGACAGAGCCUUGCGGGACUCCAGCUGUGAGAGGUCGUGGGGAGGAGCGGGUUCCCUCGACUCGAUAUCGAAAAGAGCGGUUCGACAAGAAGUCCCGUAUGAUGAGCACGAGACUAUCCGGCACACCCAUGUUGAAUAGUUUGAAAAUCAAACCGUUGUGCCAGACUUUGUCGAACGCUUUUGCGACGUCGAAGAAGAGAGCUCCCGUGUAUAACGGUUUUGGUCGAUUAAGCCCCACAAGAAUGUGCUCCGUGAGGCGGUGCACCUGUUGAACGCAUGAGUGAUUUGUACGGAAUCCGAAUUGUUCAUCGAUGAGAAUGCCCUUGGAUGAGACGAAGUCUCUGAGGCGUUUGUAGAGCAGACGCUCAUACAGUUUGCCUAGAGACAUGAGGAGGCUAAUCGGGCGGUAGCUCGUCGGAUGAUUUUUUGGUUUACCGGGUUUAUGUAUGCCGAUAACGUCCGCUUCUUUCCACACCGCGGGAAAGAUACAGUUCGCCAUAGCGGCAUUGAAAAUAGAUGCCAACAUCACGAUGAGUUGGACGGGUAGAAGUUUAAUAACGCGGUUGGAUAUACCGUCGGAACCGGGAGCCUUGCGAGGACGUAGGUCUUUGAUCAAGUCUUUAACUUCCAUCGGGGUGACGGGUGGUAACGCAUCCGAGGGUGGCAAGGAGACUCUGCGUUCUACCUCACUGUCUACUAAUUCUACAUGAACAGGGUCCACGGAUUGAGUGCUGGGCGUGCACUGGGUUUGCAAUGUAUCGGCCAGCAACUCUGCUUUUUCGUCAUCAUCAAACGCCGCGAGUCGGCCUGAGGGGCCUACGAGGGGGGGCAUAGUUACUACCGUAUCCGAUUUGAGAGUACGAGCUAAGCGGUAGUAAGACCUUUGGGAGGGCGCGAGUCCUUCUAAGAAAUCAGACCAUCUGGCAUCUCGGACUUCGGCGAUGCGAGACUUUACGUCGCGUUGUAGGGCACGCAUUCGAAUACGAUUUUCCGCGGUAGGAUACCUGUCGUAGGCGCGUAUCGAGGCGUUCUUAGCUCUAAGGAGUUCCCUAAUAUCAUCGGACAAUUUGAAGCGGUGAAGGAAAUCCUCCGCUACAACUUGUUUCGAUGAUCUAUCUAAUGUUGAGGUGAUGUGUGACGUUAAGAUGUCUAUGGCUUCAGCGGUAUCCUGAGGAGACGGGGUAGAGUCCGGGUUAAACGGGAGCGAUGGUGGAUCAGAUUCAGCCAGGCUGAUGCCCAGCGUGUGCCAAUCCACCACAGUCCUCGUGACGGGAACGGAGUCGGGAGCGCGACCGAGCUUCAUAACGACGGGACGGUGGUCUGAAUCUAACUCUGAAACUACUUCGAUCGAGUGUAAGCGCAGAGUUACGUUUUUUAAUAACGCUAUGUCGAGUAUAUCCGGGCGAUGCGCGAUAUUUAGCGGGUAGUGAGUCGGGGUUAGCGGAGCGACGAUAUCGAAGGCGAGAUCAUCGACUAACGCGUCAAGCCGCCUGCCAUUCGGGGUUGUGGUGUGUGAGUUCCACCUGAUGUGUUUACAAUUUAGGUCGCCCGCCAGAAUGACAGAGCUCCCCAUGCCGAGCAGUGCCUCGAUAUCACUGCUUAGAACGAUCUUAUCCGGUGGAAGAUAAACGGACGCGAUAACGAUCGGCGCGUGUCCCGUCAGUGAGAUUCGGCACACUGAUGCUUCGAUAUUAGCGAGCGCGGGAGGAUCGAGCGGGACGCAAUGCAGGGCUCUUCUAUAGUAAAUGACGGUACCACCACCACGAGCAGAGAGCCUGUCGUUCCUGACCAUGUUAUAGUUCGCGAUUUUAGGGUCACGGCGCGCGGGCUUAAGUAGGGUCUCCUGCACUAAAAAGAUAUCAAUUUGAUGGUCACGCAAAAAGUCAGAAACCUGAUCACGUUGAUUUGCGAGACCGUAAGCGUUAAAAAAUCCUAUCGUUACGGAUAGGGGCUUUAUUCUACUUAUAUACGCCAUUGAUUACCGGCGGAGUGAGGGGAGGACGUACGUAUUUAAUGACGCGUAUACGUCGGCGUAUUCUUGCACAACGGCGAUAAAGUGUUGUGCAGUGGAGGCAGCGCGAAUGGCGUCGCCCAAAGCGUUAACGCGCUCAAAGUUGAUCGACUGAAAGAAGUCGAUCGCUAAAGCGAGAUUGUCGGACGCGGUCGGAGGGCAAGUCGCGGGAGAGGGACGAGUUGCGGGGGCGGGACGAAUCGCGGAGGAGGGAGUCCCUAAAUCUGUCUGUCCCUAUGUAUGCUUAAAUCUUUAAAAUUACGCUACGGAUUUUGAUUCGUUUUUUUUUAAUAGAUAGUGAUUGAAGAGGAAGGUUUAUCUAUAUAUUAAUACGUGAAGCAAAAACUUUGUAUCCCUUUCUACGAAAAUUGCGCGGACGGAGAAGUAUGAAAUUUUCCACACUUAUAGAGAAUAUAGAGAAGAAGUGCACAAUGCUAAUAUUUUUUUUAAAUAAUGCAUAAAAGAUAAAUUAAAUCAUUAAAGAAAACAUUACACACACUACAUACCAUGUAUUCGACGCACACACGCAUGCAUACUAUUUAUUCUCAAACUUUUGUUCUUGACGUCUGUUGUCAAAUUGAGAAUAGAUUAAAUAUUGUCUUUGUUAGUAUUUUUUAUAUUGUAGUCUUGGCGAAAUUUGUGAUUAUAGAAGUAUAAAAUACAAUCAUAAUAGUGUACAAACUUACAAUUCCAAUUAAUUAUAGUCGAAUUUCGACUACUGCGGGACCUCUAGUAUGUACAAUAACAUCCAUUAAAUAGCGGAGAAAUCAAUAAUAAAUUACAUUUUCCGAAGCGAAACGAGGGCGGGUCGCUAGUUCCAAAUAAAACGUACCUUUAAUUACAAAGAUAAAUGUCUCGUAUUAAGCCUUUCAUCCCUCGAUAUCAAACGUCAUUAUUGGAUUAGUGGAUCAGUUUUGUUGAUUGGCACAAUUAUCGGCAUAUAACGGUUCAAGGUCAUGAACAAACUUAACACCUAACCUUCGAACCUCUAUGUUAUACGCUUAUAAAUGCUCACUUUCUCCAAUCAGAAUUAGCAGCAUAUUAAUGUUUUUGUACUGAUAAUAUUUAGUAGGAUAAAACAAUACCCCUUAGUAUUUAACUCAAAUAAGUAGUUUAAAUGUCGAAUAUAGAAUGUAUAGAUGUAUCAACUGAAUGUAAAGGAAUAUUUUUUAUUACUAACAAAUAAAUAUGUUUUGUGUAUUACAA